AUGCACACCACUCUUUUGCUCUCAGCCUUUGCGGCUGCCUUGACGAGUGUCCGGGCUAGCAUUGAUCUAAACGGCCCUCAAAAUAUUGCAGUCUACUGGGGUCAAAACUCUAUUGGAACAACCGACUCUACUGCCCAAAAGAGACUGUCAUAUUAUUGUCAAAAUAGUAAUGAUGUUGAUAUCUAUCUAAUCUCCUUCAUCACGAGGUUUAGCGGCACAGGCGGUUAUCCUGCGGUCAACUUUGCUAAUGCUCAAGACAACUGUACUGCUAUUUCCGGCACUGAUCUGUUCAAUUGCCCUCAAAUUGCAGAGGAUAUUAAGACAUGUCAAGGACUUGGAAAGACCAUUCUCCUGUCUACCGGAGGUGGUACGUACACCGAGGGCGGUUUCACCAGUGAAGCUGCGGCAGUUUCAGGUGCCAAUACCGUUUGGAACGUCUUUGGGCCAGUUCCCAGCGACAGCUCUAUUCCUCGUCCCUUUGGUGAUGCCGUCAUUGAUGGUUUUGACUUUGACUUUGAAAACCUCCAAAUGAGCAAUAUGCCAGCAUUUGCUAACCAGCUACGGAAGUUGUAUGCAUCUGACACUUCCAAAACAUACUACACGACCGCAGCUCCACAGUGCGUCUACCCUGAUGAAGCUGACGGCCCUAUGUUGGCUGGCACUGUCUACUUCGAUGCUAUUUGGGUCCAGUACUACAACAACGGCUGUGGUAUAAACAGCUACGUUCCUGGAGCCACUACACAGUGGAACUUCAACUUUGAUGUAUGGGACAACUGGGCCAAGACUGUCUCGUUGAACCCUAAGGUCAAAGUCUACCUCGGUGUUCCUGGAAGGACUGGUGCAGGUGGUGGCUAUGAACCGGCUUCUUUCGUUGGUGAAGUGAUUAGCUUUAUCAAGCAGUAUUCCAGCUUCGGUGGCAUUAUGAUUUGGGACGCCAGUCAGGCUUGGGCCAAUGACGGUUUCAUUUCGUCUGUUUACUCUUACUUACCUACGGGUUCGACGGCUCCGACGACGUCAACCACUGCUCCUGCAACAACUUCGACAACCUCAACGACCGCCACCACUACUGCGACUACUUUAACAACCCUUACUUCUUCCAAGACUACCACCACUACUUCCAUUAUAACUACUUCCAAGACAACCACUUCCAAGACAACCACUUCCACAGCCCCAAGUAGCACUUGCCCUGUAUCGGGAGGAUCUUGCUCAAGUAACGGUGCUUACGCCUGCACCGGCAACAGCUUCGGGAUUUGUGACAAUGGAAAAUGGGUCAUCGAAUCUUGCCCUUCAGGGGAUGUCUGUGUGCAAGCCGGUUCUAGCGUCUACUGUGGUGCUUCCGGAAGCAGUGAGCCGGUUUGUGCAUAA